AUGGGUGUUCUUCUUCUUUCAUCACCAGCAUUUCCUACACUCUUUCUCUUCUCUCUCAUAGCAUUGUGUCUCAUUCCUCAGCAUGCUCUUGCAAGCAUAACGAGGCACUACACGUUUGAAAUCAAACAGCAAAAUGUGACCAGAUUGUGCCACACAAAGAGCAUUGUAACAGUAAACGGCCAGUUUCCUGGGCCUCGAAUUGUUGCUAGGGAGGGUGAUCGCCUCCUUAUUAAAGUGGUUAACCAUGUCCAACACAACAUCUCUAUCCAUUGGCACGGCAUUCGACAGCUUCGAACAGGGUGGGCUGAUGGGCCUGCAUAUGUGACCCAAUGUCCCAUACAAACAGGCAACAGCUAUGUGUACAACUUCACCAUUGUAGGCCAAAGAGGCACUCUUUGGUGGCAUGCUCACAUUUCAUGGCUAAGAUCAACUCUUCAUGGCCCCAUAGUCAUCCUUCCCAAGCUUGGUGUGCCUUACCCAUUCACUAAACCCUACAAGGAGGUUCCGAUCAUCUUCGGAGAGUGGUGGAAUGCAGACCCUGAGGCAGUCAUUAAGCAGGCCUUGCAAACAGGAGGAGGGCCAAAUGUUUCCGAUGCUUAUACCUUUAAUGGACUUCCAGGGCCCUUGUACAACUGUUCUGCCAAAGAUGCAUUCAAGCUAAAGGUGAAAUCUGGGAAGACCUACCUUCUCCGUCUAAUCAAUGCAGCACUCAAUGAUGAGCUCUUCUUCAGCAUUGCAAACCACACCCUCAAAAUGGUAGACGUCGAUGCCGUUUAUGUCAAACCCUUUGAGACUGACACAAUUCUCAUUACCCCUGGGCAGACUACAAAUGUUCUGCUGAAGACCAAGCCCCAUUUCCCAAAUGCCACAUUUUUCAUGACUGCCAGGCCAUACGUGACUGGACUAGGCACCUUUGACAACUCCACUGUUGCUGGUAUUUUAGAGUACGAAUCACCCUCCAAAACCCUCCACUCAACCCUCCCAAUGAAGAAACUUCCACUAUUUAAACCAAUUCUGCCUGCUCUAAACGACACAUCCUUCGCAACAAAGUUCAGCAACAAACUCCGUAGUUUAGCCAAUGCACAAUUCCCGGCUAAUGUCCCCCAAAAGGUUGACAAGCACUUUUUCUUCACAGUAGGCCUUGGAACCAACCCCUGCAACAAGCAUAACCAAACCUGCCAGGGACCUAAUGGAACAAUGUUUGCUGCUUCAGUGAAUAACGUUUCUUUUGUAAUGCCAACCACUGCUCUACUCCAAGCCCACUUCUCCGGGCAAUCAAAUCGGGUUUACAGCUCUAACUUCCCAAGCAGUCCAGUGAUCCCAUUUAACUAUACAGGAACCCCACCAAACAAUACUAUGGUGAGCAAUGGUACAAAGCUAGUGGUACUUCCAUUUAACACUAGUGUGGAGUUGAUCAUGCAGGACACAAGCAUUCUUGGUGCCGAAAGCCACCCUCUUCAUCUGCAUGGAUAUAAUUUCUUUGUAGUUGGCCAAGGGUUUGGGAACUUUGACCAAAAUAAGGACCCUGCAAACUUCAAUUUGGUUGACCCUGUUGAAAGAAAUACCGUGGGUGUGCCCUCUGGUGGAUGGGUCGCUAUACGAUUUCUAGCAGAUAAUCCCGGUGUAUGGUUCAUGCAUUGCCACUUGGAGAUCCAUACUAGUUGGGGCUUGAAGAUGGCUUGGGUAGUCUUAGAUGGAAAGCUUCCCAACCAGAAGUUGCUUCCUCCACCGGCUGAUCUUCCCACAUGUUAA